UGGCAAUUACCUGCAGAACCGGAAGUUCUCCAGCCGGUCUCACUGCGGAACUUCCGGAAGUUACUUACAUGUUGAUGGAGAGCUAGUAGAGCCGCACGAUGACGAGUGGAAAGAGUUGGGCAGAGCAAGUGGACCUCGUUGAUGAGGGCUUGCCACCACCAAGCGAAGAGUUUGAUGAGAAGAAAGGUGUGAAGACAGUCACAGAAUACAAGCACAACGACGAUGGGAAACUAGUCAAGGUGGUGCGUACGUUCAAGAUUGAAACGAUGCGGCUCUCCAAGUCGAUAGCACGGAGAAAGAUGUGGAAGAAGUUUGGCGCUGCGGCCCCUGACCCCCCUGGGCCAAACCCCUCCAACACAAUCGUCUCGGAGGAAGUCUUCAUGCAGUUUGUGCAGAACAAAGAGCAACCAGCGGUGGAGGAAGAGGACCCCCUGGCCAAGCUAAAGAAUCAGAAGAUUGUCCAGUGCCGUAUUUGUAAGGGCGACCAUUGGACCACCAAGUGUCCCUACAAGGACACACUGCAGCCGCUGCAGGAGAAACUGGAGGAAGGCACCAAGAAACCGGAGAUUGCCCCGCCCUCCACCACCCCCGCCCCCAAGACCACGGGCAAGUACAUCCCCCCCGUCAUGAGAGAGGGGGCCAACAAGGGGCGCGGCGAGUCCAUGUCGACACAGAGGAAAGACGAGGCCGCCACAAUCCGUGUGACCAACUUGUCGGAGGACACCCGAGAGUCAGAUCUGCAGGAACUGUUCCGGCCGUUUGGGCCCAUCUCUCGCAUCUACCUGGCCAAGGACAAGACAACUGGACAGUCAAAGGCCCUCCACGCAGCAACAGUAGACGCAGGAGACAGACACAGAUAUUGUCAAGUCUUGGAUACACAGAGGAGACACAGUCAAGUCUCGGAGCGAUUACAACAGCGGACAUUGUCAGGUCUCGGAGCGGUUCCCCAGAGAAAGUUUACAGCUUACUUUGUCAAGUAUUGGGGGGAGGGGGGGGGGGGUUGUACUAUAACAUAUACACCAGACGGGUACUCAGUCGGGGGCAAGGUCAUGGAGGUUUUAAUUGUCUGGGUCAUUCUGAACAAAGUGUUAAAGGAUUUUGUUCAUCUGGAUUUUUUCGGCUCAUUAAAAAAAGGUGUGAAAUCAAAGAGAAAGAA